CAAAGAGGAAGAAGAGAAGUUCAAUUUCACAAUUGAAGCAGCAGCAGCAGCAGCUGUGAAGGAAAAACAAGAAAGAUGGCAACAGCAACAGCAUCAUCAACAUGGAAUAUGACCUCACUUAGGUCUGCAUUACCAACUACUCUUCCCUCUCCAUCUCCUUCUUUAUCAAUCCCUUCUCUUCACUUCCCCAUUUCAUCAGCAUACACUUCCUCAUCUCUCAAAUUCUCAUCUUCUACUCAAAAACCCAAAAUGAUGAUUCCUACUUUUAAUGGUCUUUCUUCUCUAAACCCACUUCUCUCCUUUGGUACCCAAGAUAUGGGAUUUACAUUAACAAUCAUUGAUAAUGGUGGGAGGGUGUAUGCGAUGAGGCAUGGAAGGAAAGUACCAAAGCUCAAUCGACCACCUGAUCAGAGAAAGGCUUUGCUGAGAGGUUUAACUACUCAACUCCUGAAACAUGGUAGAAUUAAGACUACUAGAGCUAGGGCAAGUGCAAUGAGAAAGUUUGUUGAUAAGAUGAUUACAUUAGCAAAAGAUGGGUCUCUUCACAAACGUAGACAGGCUUUAGGAUACAUUUAUGAGAAACAAAUUGUUCAUGCCUUGUUUGCUGAAGUGCCUGAGAGAUAUGGAGAAAGAAAUGGUGGGUACACUAGGAUUAUUAGAACCUUGCCUAGACGUGGUGAUAAUGCUCCAAUGGCUUACAUUGAGCUUGUUUAGAGGUACAAAGAUAACAAUUUUAAAAUGUUUGGUGUUGUUAAUUUGGUAAAACGGUUUAUGUUUUGAAGUUAGAUGAAAUGAUUGUGCAACAAUUUGUUAAGAUUUUGUUAUUCAGCUUCUUUGUUAUAAUGCUAGCGCAACGUAGAUAAUUGCGAUUGAAUGCUAAGUUAUAUUUGAGAUGUAUAUUGUGGAAUCAAGGAUGUUUUUGGAAUGAA